AAACACGGAUACCAAUAAUUGUAGGUAAAUUCCAUACAGCUGGGGCUGGGUAGGAUAUUUUGGCUAGAGAAAUCAUGUUUGCAGUUCCAUAGCUUGAAUGAAAAAUACGGAGCCAUGCAGGCGGAAGAUGCAAGAUACCUGAAAAGGAAAGUGAAAGGAGGAAGCAUAGAUGUCCACCCUACGGAGAAAGCGUUGGUGGUCAACUAUGAACUGGAGGCCACCAUCUUGGGGGAGAUGGGUGACCCCAUGUUGGGAGAGAGGAAAGAAUGCCAAAAAAUAAUCCGGGUUCGAAGUCUGAAUUCUGCCACGGACAUCGCCGCCCUGGCCAGAGAGGUAGUGGACAAAUGCAAACUGAUCCAUCCUUCCAAACUGCCGGAGGUUGAACAGCUGUUGUACUACCUACAGAACCGAAAAGAAUCAGCAUCUUCAGCUGGUUCCAAGAAAGGAGUGAUGACUGGAAGAUUGAAAGACCCUCCACCCUAUGAGGGGACAGAGCUGGAUGAGCAAGCCAACAUCAACGAUGUGGAGGAUUAUAUCGAGCUGCUGUAUGAGGACAUUCCAGAGAAGGUUCGAGGCACAGCACUCCUGCUACAACUGGCUCGGAAUCCUGACAACCUGGAAGAAAUCUUGCAGAAUGACACGGUUCUCGGGGCGCUUGCUCGCGUCCUUCGUGAGGACUGGAAGCGUAGCGUGGAGCUGGCCACCAACAUCGUCUACGUCUUCUUCUGCUUCUCCAGUUUCUCUCAGUUUCACAGUGUCAUCGCCCACUUUAAGAUCGGUGCACUAGUUAUGUCCAUCGUUGAACAUGAGAUCAAGAGACACGACCUGUGGUUGGACGAACUUCAGAAAAAGAGGAAGGCAGCUGAGGAGACUCCGCAAGCCAAGAAGGAUUACGAGAAGAACAUGAAGAAGUACCAUGGACUCCUUAAGAAACAGGAGCAACUCCUGCGAGUCUCAUACUACUUGCUUUUAAACCUGGCUGAGGACACCAAAGUGGAGAUGAAGAUGAGGAACAAGAACAUUGUCCCUCUGCUCAUCAAGACGUUAGACAGAGAUAACUACGAGCUGCUCAUCCUGGUUGUGUCCUUCCUCAAGAAGCUCAGCAUUGUCUCGGAGAACAAGGCUGAGAUGGCACAGCGUCAAAUUAUCGAGAAAUUGACGAAGUUGAUUCCAUGUGAUCAUGAGGAUUUACUGAAUAUCAGCCUUCGUCUGCUGUUGAAUCUCUCCUUUGACACAGACCUCAGAGGAAAGAUGAUCAAACUUGGCCUGUUGCCAAAACUUGUCGGCCUACUAGGCAAUGAUAACCAUCGUGUGAUUGUUCUCUGCAUUCUGUACCACAUCAGCAUGGACGACAAAGCUAAAUCCAUGUUCACUUACACCGACUGCAUACCAAUGGUCAUGAAGAUGAUUUUGGAGAGUCCUGGCGAACGUAUUGAGUUGGAGCUUGUCUCUCUAGGCAUUAACCUGGCUUGUAACAAACGCAACGCCCAGCUCAUCUGUGAGGGGAACGGCCUGCGACUUCUCAUGCGCAGGGCGUUACGAUUCAAAGACGGGCUCCUGCUGAAGAUGAUACGGAAUAUCUCUCAGCACGAUGGCCAAACCAAGGAACAGUUCAUCGAGUACAUCAGUGAUAUUGCCAGCAUAGUGAAGAAUUCUGACGAUGAGGAACUGGUUGUGGAAGCAUUAGGCAUCCUGGCCAACUUGACCAUACCAGACCUAGACUAUGAGCUGAUCCUCAAGGAGUACAAACUGGUGCCUUGGAUCACUCAGAAACUAGAACCACGUGCAGCGGAGGAUGAUCUGGUGUUGGAGGUGGUCAUGUUGGUCGGGACCGUUGCCAUGGACGACUCGUGCGCUGCCAUGUUGGCCAAAUCAGGAAUCAUUCAGAGCUUGAUCGAGUUGCUAAACGCUAAGCAAGAGGACGAUGAGAUCGUGUGCCAGAUUGUCUACGUCUUCUACCAGAUGGUAUUCCACGAAGCAACUCGAGAAGUUAUCAUCAAACAAACACAGGCUCCUGCUUACCUGAUUGACUUGAUGCAUGACAAGAACGCGGAAAUACGCAAAGUGUGUGACAAUACCUUGGAUAUCAUCUCAGAAUUUGACGAAGAGUGGGCUAAGAAAAUCAAGCUGGAAAAGUUCCGUUGGCACAACUCCCAGUGGUUGGAGAUGGUGGAGUCACGGCAGAUGGAUGAGAACGAUGGAAUGAUGUACGGCGAUGAGGGAUAUAGUCCUUACAUCCAGGAAUCGGACAUACUGGACAGGCCUGACCUCUUCUACGGACAGCAAGGGUAUGACGACGGUGAGAUGUACGACGGUGUGGUGACUCCGGACUAUAUCGAUGAAUACGGCAAUGUGCAGAAUGGUGACUAUAUGGGUUCUCCAGGCUCUGCCAUGUAUGGUAACAGAUAUAGCCAAGAGUUCCGCCCUGAUUCGCGUCUCCAGUACGUCCUGGGGGGACAGGCCAUCGAUGAAUAUGGCCAGCCGUUAGAGGUCUAUGGGGGACCAGCCGUUGAUGAGUAUGGCCGACCAUUGCAAGAGGGGUAUGGGUACCAGACCCAUGGGUCACAAGAUUACGGCUACAGGGGAAGCUAUGAUUAUAGAUAGGUAUUUGGGGAUUAGGUUAAUAAGGUCAUCUGUAGGUCAUAAGAUGGAAGCUAAAGAUUAACAGAAAAAGUGAGUUUUGCGGUACUUUUACAUACGUGUAUUCCAGAAUAACAGCAUUGGCUGGUCAUUGUUUUAAUUCAGACCAGUAUUCGGUAACUUUACACAACUAUAAAACUCUUGGCUUAGGCCAAAAAAGUUUCUGGUUGCUAGUCAGCGUGCGUGUCGCUGUAGACCUGCACGUCGGUAAAAUAAACAAAAUUUUUUAUUUGGUAUAAAAGGAUGCCCAAAAGCUGGCAAACUUGCUAGAUGGACUGCAAUCUUGCUACUUUGUAAUUGUAACGUGUUUUUGAUGGGUACAGUUGAGUACGUGUAAUAUGUACAGUAAAGGAGUCCCUCUGGUUCCCCAUACAUUCAGUCGGGCACUUUUUAUAGAUGACGUCAUUUCUGUUGUCUACAUUUACAUCUGGGAACCAGACAAUCGAGGUGGUCUUAUGUCCUGUAUACAUGUACAAGCUGAAAAUGCUUGUAAACAGUAAAAAGUGUGGGGGGGCAGUCUAUUUUAGGGUUGGUAGCAAACAGUUUCACAUGCGCAUGCAGUCACGAUGGACAUUGCGCACUAUAUGUACAUCAUUUCCAGAAAUUCAAGGUGAGGGUAAAAAAAAGCUGUGUCGUCGCACCACUUUUAGAGCCAGUUCCUGACCAGAAACCAAAGACUUUGGGGGGGGGGCUUAAAGUGGCAUACUUGAUGUCUCCCAAUAUCCAGUUUCAGACAGCUGUGCAACAUGCAAAUUUUUCAACCCACAGGAAAGUUGUGAUGAGUAAAAAAUGCCAUUCAUCCAAAAAGGCAAUAUGAGGGGAAGCAGUUUUUCCAGCAUUCACCCGGUUGCUAUCGGGAGAAUUGAAAGCAAUGCUAUAUGUGGACCUCUCACGACAAAUGAGCAUAAAGUCACAUCCCACUCUUUCCUAUUUGGAGGGUUUAAAGUCGUAUUAAAGUGGAGGUCAGUUUUUUAAUAUUUCAGAACAGUAACCCGUCUCCAAUGUAAACUGUUUGUUUUUGUUAAACUUCUGACGCUUUUCAUUUGAAUCUGCUUGAAACAAGCCUCCAUGGUGCAAUUUUU